AUCCAUUAGGGCUAUGGAUAAAAAGUGUUAUCUGCAUGAAUUAGAUUGAGCAAUGAAAGCCCCACUUUUAUUCCAUAGGCUGGGAUCUGCACUGUGCAGCUGUGCAAGAGCCAUGUUUCACUGGUUUCAAAAAGCCUUUUUUCAAUGCUGAUUUGAAUGUCAUUGGGAAAACAACAAGACUUUUCAAAGAUUUGUUUUGCAAAUCUCCUUUCUGAAUUUAAAAGUAAUCCUCGAAGUAAUCAUCUAGUUUUUCAAAAGUAUCUGUAAUCUGAUUACAAUAUUUUUGCUGGUAUCAUAACGGAUUACAGUUACCAUUUUUUUUGUAACCCCUUACACGUAACAGAUUACAUGUAAUCCAAUACUCCCCAAACCUGCUUGUCAUGUAACCACAAACAAGUUGCCAUUGUAAGAUGGAAUGUACAAUAUUGUGUAGAGUUUUAAUGAUAGCAGAUUAACUGGCAACUGAGUUUUUUGAUAGAUUUCUGGUUUGUUGAUAGUGACAUGAUGAAAGAACAACUUUUGAAUUUUUUAUUGAUAAAAUCUGGAAAACUGUUCAAAUGAGGACAAUUAGACUUUCUCUCACCACUGCUUAGUAGAGGGUUGACCGAGGUAACAAUUUUUUAUGUUUAAUUAGGGAGUUAUAAUGCUUGGGAGAGGGAGAAGCCAAGUAGUUCAAGCAUGCGUUUGCAAAUACUUUCCUUCUCCAAACUGAUACUUAGCUACUUACUUAAUUGCAUGGACGCACACACAUACACACACACACAGACACGGCCUGAGUACACACACAGACAGACACACGCCUGAGCGCACACACUGUCUGCUUCCCACCCCUUUUCCCUCCUACUUGCCUUCUAUCCACUUUCAGUGCAUUUCUGUUGACACACAAGGAUCCGACCCAUGCGCACACACACACACACAGACAAACUAUCACACAUAUUCACAGAAAGGAAAACAUUUUAUCUCACACAGAUGGCUGCUAGCACACUCCUCUCUCGAUCUCUUUCUAUAAGCAGGUGUUGAAAUGCAACACUAACUAUUAGAGGCCGAGAGAAAAAGAGGGGGAGAGGGAGGAGAGAGAACAGGAGAGAGUGCACUUCCCCAACUGUAGCAGAGAGAGAGGGGACGGGAGGGAUUGUCAACGAGGAGAGGGAGAGCAGAAGCCUAAAGAGGGAUCUCCAUGGUAAGUAACCAGACCAGCGAGCACUUUUUUUUCGUUUAAAGUUCCUGUUUUUUGUUGGAGGGAGAAGAAAAUAAAGACACAACGGAGGAAUCGGGACCCUGUCCCCUACUUUCUGGACGAGUGGAGUAAAAAUCUGAGGAAGACCCGAAGGGAAUGAAGCUGGGAGGGACACAAGGCAGUCAUGGAUAGCACAUAGAGCCUCAGCCAGACGCUAGGAUGGCCUGGAUUCACACACUGUCGCUGGCAACCAUCCAGCUCAGAAGCUACUGAUACCCAUGAGUCAUGCUUCCCGGGUAUGGAUUCUCCCCUCUCCCUGACUUCCAGCCUCACCUCCAUGUCUUCCGUUGCCGAGGAGAGUGUCCCAGCAUGUGGUUCCCGGUCUCAGGCGAGUCCCAGGCUUUGAGCGAGGCCCGGGACGACAGGCCUCUCCUGCGGCAGUGCCAGCACAACCACAUCGCCGUGUGUCAGCAGGAGCGGCAGCCGCCUGUGACCCCCAGCGACAACGGCCAUGGAUCACCUACUGCAGACGUUCAGCACUCCACCCCUUUGCCUCUGAAUCAUCGCAAACACAUAAGGACUGAAGCAUUAAAUGGCGGCUGGAGGAGUAACCCUGAUCAAGACACUGAUACGGACCUGAGUUCAGACUCUCAGAUGCUAGGGGGUGACGUUGAGCUUUUUAUCCGGGAAGAUAGGAGGACUGACCCUCCAGGGCAAGAGAAGUGUGAGAGACCCAUGGUGGUGUCGACGGUGUUUCGUCCCCUCCACACAGCCCUCAGCCUGCCCCUGUUCCUCCCUCUGUCCUCCCUGUACAGGGACACAGACUACUGUAACUCUCAGCCACCUGGCUCUCCAUACUCACAUGAGCCUCCGGAGAUGCAGACCCCAGACACCUGUCGACCCCAGAGGAGGACGUCACAGGGUUCACUCAAGGAAAAGUCUAUCCGGCGUAAGAUGCGAGUGUACUCACCAGACAGCCUGAGUGACGAUUCUUUGGCCAGCCCCAUUCUGGAUGGCGACUACCUCUUCUCAGGACCCUUCGAUUCCUUCCUGGAGGAGGACAUCGGGGGAGACCCUGUAGAUGCCACGAGCCCCUCAUCAACAGGGGGGACACCCAACCCCCGAAAGACUCCACCUUUUUCCGCAGAGCCGCUGCAGUUGUCAGAGCACUCAUCUGUCUUGAACUAUGGGGCUGUAGAGAAUUCCUCGGCCACCGGUGGAAGCUCUUUAGCCCGCUCCAGUAUGGCGGAACACGAGCGGCGUCGCUUCUCAGCCUCAGAGCUGAUCUCACGGCUACAGCUUUCCCAGAGGAAGAACUCGUUCACACUAAAGCUUGGCAAGUCGCUGUCAGCUCGCGUGGCCUCCCGCGACAGGCAGAACCCCAGCAACUUCAGCCCUGACUAUAAGUCCACUUCCAGGCAUCGUGGCUCAGGUGGUGCCAGUGACAGCGCCCCCCAUAGUCCAGUAGGACCUACACCGCAACUGCCAUCUGCUGACAAAAACACGCAACAACAUCGACGUAGCACCGGAUUCACAAUCAAAAAUUUGAGGAAGAAAUCCAUUGAGGAUGAUUGGUGCACUCCUCCCACAGUCAGCAGAUCCAAUCGUCUGUCACGGUUCCUCCCCAGCUCAAUUCUGUACCAGGAGUACAGUGAUGUUGCAAUCAACCGAGAAAUCCUGAGGCAGCAGGGGGAGGAGCCAGGUGCUGAGGAGGAGGGGCUAAGUGAGGAAGGGGCUGGGGAGACUCCAUCUCCAUCUAAUCUGUCUCCAUCCAGCUCCUUUUGCUCGUCACGAGGCUCCGCCUUCUCGCUGUGGCAAGACAUCCCUGAUGUCCGGAACAGCGGUCAGCUGGACAACUUCAGCAACGUGGAGCGCAAACUACAGGAGGCCAAGUUUGAGCUGGUGACAUCAGAGGCGUCGUACAUUCGGAGUCUGACCAUCGCAGUGGACCAUUUUAUGCUGUCCCAGGAGCUGGGGGAGUGUCUGGGGGCCCAGGACAGACAGUGGCUCUUCUCCAAGCUCCCCGAGGUCAAGGACGUCAGUGAGAGGUAUAGUAAAUUAAUGUUCCUGCAGGACCUGGAGCACCGGCUGGAGGAGGACAUCUUGCGUUUUGACGUGUCUGACAUCGUCCUGGCCCACUGUCCCGCCCUGCGAAGGGUCUACCUCCCCUACGUGACCAACCAGGCCUACCAGGAACAGACCUACCAGCGCAUGUUACAGGAGAAUGCUCGCUUCCCAGGUAUCCUGGCUCGUUUGGAAGAAGACCCCAUCUGCCAGCGUCUUCCCCUCGCCUCCUUCCUCAUCCUCCCCUUCCAGAGGAUCACACGGCUCAAGAUGCUGGUGGAGAAUAUCCUAAAGAGGACAACACCAGGCUCUAGGGAUGAGGACACAGCCACCAAGGCCUUCAAUGAGCUGAAAAAGAUUAUAAAGGAAUGUAACUCCAGUGUGCAGUCAAUGAAGAGGAUGGAAGAGCUCAUUCACCUCAAUAAGAAGAUCCACUUUGAGGGCAAGAUAUUCCCUCUGAUCUCCCAGUCUCGCUGGCUGGUCAAGCAUGGAGAACUGCUCGAAGUGGACACACAGACCAUGAGUAUUUCUGGGUCAAAGUUCAAGUUGCCCACAAGGCCUGUGUACCUGCAUCUGUUCAAUGACUGUCUUCUGCUGUCCAAGAGGAAGGACACGUGGAAGUUCAUGGUGUUUGUUCACGCUAAGAUCGGGCAGCUGAAGGUGAAGGACCUCAGUCAGAAGCUUCAGGGCAUCUCAGGUUUCAUCUUCCACCUGCAGCUGUGUGAGGGCCGGCAACUCAAACACCAGAUCCUACUCAAGGCCCACACUGAGAGUGGGAAACAAAGAUGGAUCACAGCCAUGUUCCCCUCUGAUCCAUUGGAAGAUAUUGAGCAGGCCACUGAGAAUGAUGAUCUUUCCCAAGUUCAAUGCAUCAAGAGUUACCAGGCCCAAGAGCAUGAUGAGCUUACAUUGGAGAAAGCUGAUAUUCUUCAAGCCAAGACCAUUACAAGUGACGGCUGGGUGGAAGGCAUUCGGCUGUCAGACGGGGAGCGGGGCUGGUUCCCCAAAACCAACGUGGAGGAGAUCACAAGUCGCAGUGCGCGUCUCCGCAACCUCAGAGAAAACAUCCGUGUUAAGUGUGUCACACAGAAACUGGAAGAGGAGCUCUUUUAAGUGUCCUUUCCAUCCUGCACGUUUUCAUUUACACUUGGAAUGUCCAAUCAAACAGGGCAGCAACUCUCAACUCGUAUCCAUUAGACCCAGCUUUUAUGCAACACCAGUUAUACAAUAGCUGAGCAGUUUUAGAUUAUCUGGAUGUGGGAGUUUUAUUUAGUCUGCAGGUGCUCAUAAGGACAUCAUUUUUGGCAUAGCUCGAGCAUAAGCAAUAUUCUUAAGAAAUAUGGUUAUCCAGCUGCAUAGCAGUAAUUUUCUUUCACUCAUGCUUGCUAUGACUGCAUAUACAGUACAACUACUGUAACACAACUAUGGGAAUACUGUAUCAGAAACCAAGCAUUUGUCUUUGCCCCCAAGCACUGUAAUAGGAAUAACAAUAAUAAUUUCAGACAUCACUUUCAACAAAACAUUAAGAACUACAGUGUUUGUGCAUCUUCCCUGUCUUUUGACUUUCACUGCUAGUUACACCCUAUUGACAAUAAGAGUUGUUUACGCGUAGACAAAAAAGACAGUAGCACAUUAUAUUAUUGACCAACCACUACUACCAUCUACAUGCAGAUGUUCACCAUUCCAGUGACACAUAAAAUAUUUUUUAAAUAUAGUUUAAAAAAAAAGUUGUUAGUGCUAAUUUAAAUGUUUGGUGUUGUGUAUUUGUUUAUGCUCCUAUAGCUGGUUAUUCUCUAUGGAGAUAAUGAUGUACAUUUACAUAGUGUAGAUGCACUUGUUUAAAUGAGUAAUGGCUAAUUUACUAUUAUGACUGUAAUUUAUGAGGGCCAGGGUCUGCCAAAAAUAUGCCAUACCAUUUGAACAAAUCUUAGAACUUAUAAUACAUGCGCUACUUGAGAUUUCUGGUUCUGAACAUAAUACUUUAAAUGUUUUACCCCUGAAAUAAAUGCACAUACUUUUCAGUGUUUUAUAAGACCACUGCUGAAAUUGUUUCAUAUAAUAAUAUGUAGGUGAAGCCUGAAUGUUUGUGACCAUGACAUAAAGUUUGAGUUACUUGUACUGCACAUAUAAGUAUUGUACAUAAUAAGAACACAAUUUGGGAAAGGUAUUUAGUUACUUUUUAUUGAGUCCGUACAUUUCAAGAACAAUCAUAACAGAAAAUAUGGAAAAGGUCAUGAACAGCACUAGAUUUUUUAUUUUGGUUCACAGAGAUUCUAUGAAAAAUAUUGUACAAUCAGUUCACUAAAAAUAAACUCCCUAUUUAGCCUAUUCAUUGCUAUUACAGUCACUAGUGAAGCAGAGUACUACAGACAGUAGUCUACAGCAGAAGAAUGUUCACCAGAAUCUCUUAAUUUCAUUGGACCAGACUGAAUAAUAUAUACAUAUACAGUGCCUUCAGAAAGUAUUCACACCCUUGACUUUUUCCACAUUUGGUUGUUACAGUCUGAAUUUAAAAUGGAUUAAAUGGAGAUUUUGUGUCACUGGCCUACACACAAUACCCCAUAAUGACAAAGUGGAAUUAUGUUUUAUAAAAUUUUGAAAAUUAAUUAAAAAUGAAGAGCUGAAAUGUCUUGAGUCAAUAAGGAUUCAAUGACUUUGUUAUGGCAAGCCUAAAUAAGUUCAGGAGUGAACAUUUGCUUAACAGGUCAAAUAAGUUGUAUGGACUCACUUUGUGUGCAAUAAUAGUGUUUAAUAUGAUUUUUAAAUGACUACCUCAUCUCUGUACCCCACACAUACAAUUAUCUGUAAGGUCCCUCAGUCGAGCAGUAAAACACAGAUUCAAACACAAAGACAAGGGAGGUUUUUCAAUGCCUCGCAAAGAAGUCCACCUAUUAAUAGAUGGGUAAAAAAAGCCGACAUUGAAUAUCCUUUUCAGCAUGGUGAAGUUAUUAACCCUCUAGAGAGUUAAGAGACUCUAAGCCCUGUCUAAGCUGGAGUAAGGGGGGUUCUACUAAGCUAACUUAUGGAAUUGUUUUAAGAUGGUCAUACCAAGGAUCAUUACAGUAUUUGAUUUAGAAUUUUAAGACCCCUUAAUAGUAUAAAAAAAUAUAUACAAAAAUUAUUAGAUGACACAUUGAAUUUGUUGUUACUGUUAUUAGCCCAUAGAAACGCAUUGAAUAACAGAUUCAUUACAUGGAACAGAUAGUAAAACAAAUAUAUAAAAAGGAAGUUUGUUCUUUAAGUGUCUGCCCUAUAUCUGAGAGAUAUAAGAAAGCUCAGGAAACAAUUGGUACCGGGGACCUUCAGAGGAGUCUUGUGAGGCUUGUGGGCGUCCUACAGAGGGGUCAUAUUAGUGUGGAGACCAAACUCUUGGGACGCUGCAGACAGAAGUUGGCAGAAGAGGCUUUACCGACUUCAGACGAGUCCUGUGAAGCUUGUGCGGAUCUUAGAGCCAUACGGAGAACAUCAGCGUGAGAGUUUCAUCUUUCAUAAUAGUUUGUAGGCCUAACCUUUCGGACGCUUUAGACCUUUUCUCGAGAAGACAGAUUUUCCGGAUGUCUUAUGGUCUGACAAACACCGCUCUAGCUCUGCCACCUUUUACCGCAUAUGCGGAAGGGCUAUAUUGGCAGAUACAGUGGAUUGAGACAAAGCCCUAGCUUAAACAGACGGAUUUUGAAAUACAUUUUUUAUUGUUAAUUUGAUUUCCACAGGGCCAUGUAAAUUGUAGGAGAAGGGUUAAUUACACUUUGGAUGAUAUAUCAAUACAAAGAUACAGGCGUCCUUCCUAAGUCAAUCAAUCAAAUGUAUUUAUAAAGCCCUUCUUACAUAAGCUGAUGUCAAAGUGCUGGACAGAAACCCAGCCUAAACCCCCAAACAGCAAGUAAUGCAGGUGUAGAAGUCAGUUGCCAGAGAGGAAGGAAACCACACAGGGAUUUCAGCAUGAGGCCAAUGGUGACUUUAAAACAGUUAGAGUUUAAUGGCUGUGAUGGGAGAAAACUGAGAAAGGAUCAACAACAUUGUAGUUACUCCACAAUAAUAACCUAAAUGACCGAGUGAAAAGAAAGAAGCCUGUACAGAAUAAAAAUAUUUUUGCAACAAGGCACUAAAGUAAAACUGCGAAACAUUUGGCAAAGAAAUACAUUUUAUGUCCUGAAUCCAAAGUGUUAUAUUUGGGCCAAAUUCAACAUAUCACUAAGUACCACUCUUCAUAUUUUCAAGCAUGGUGGUGGCUGCAUCAUGUUAUUGAGUGUGCUUGUCAUCGGCAAGGACUAGGGAGUUGUUAAGGAUAAAAAAUAAAUGGAAUAGAGCUAAGCACAGGCAAAUUCCUAGAGGAAAACCUGGUUCAGUCUGCUUUCCAACAAACACUGGGAGACAAAUUCACCUUUCAGCAGGACAAUAACCUAAAAGAUCAUUCCAAAUAUACACUGGAGUUGCUUACCAAGAUGACAUUGAAUGUUCCUUAGUGGCCUAGUUACAGUUUUGACUAAUUGUCUUGAAAAUCUAUGGCAAUACUUGAAAAUGGCUGUCUAGCAAUGAUCAACAACCACUUUGAGCUUAAAUUAAAAUAAAAUAAAAUAAUACAAUCAAUGUGUCGAAACGCUUAGAGACUUACCCAGAGAGACUCACAGCUGUAAUAGCUGCCAAAGGUGAUUCCAACAUGUAUUGACUCAGGGGUGUGAAUGCUUAUGCUUAUGUGAAUGCUUAUGUAAAUUAGAUAUUUCUGUAUUUCAUUUCCAGUAAAUUUGCAAACAUUUCUAAAAACAUGUUUUCACUAACUAUGAGCUAUUUUAUGUAGAUUGGUGAGAAAAAAAUAUACGUUUAAUCAAUUUUGAAUUCAGGCUAUAACACAACAAAAUGUGGAAUAAGUCAAGGGGUAUGAAUACUUUCUAAAGGAACUGUAUACAUGAUAUCCACAAAUAGUGUCUAUUAAUGAAAAGAGGCAUGAGUCUUCUAUAUUGUGAGGCCAUUGGUCAGUUAGUCUCAUUAAUGUGCAAUUAUCAUUGGUUCCUGGGACUCCUUUCUGCUCCUUUGUUUUUUUGGCAUGAGAGGUGGAGCCGGGUGGUUUGAGGUAGCUUGGAGGUUUUUUUCCUGCUAUUGAGAAAAGAAAUAAACACUACUGAGUCGUUCUGCAACUAC